AUGUGGCCUGCAGUUGCCGUGGCUGCUUCCGCACAGAUCAUCGGCAGCUUCCCCCUGCACUUGUUUCUGAUUCCCAGGCCGUGGGCGGAAUACUGCGCAGUACAUGCUUGCCAUGGAGAAAAUGCUUCUUUGAAUCUAAUGGCACGAGCCGAAUUGGAGAGAGCUGGCCGCAAUGUGCGACGUGCAAAGGGCCGGCUUUAUUUCGACAUGGCAGAUGGGGACGAAGGCGAGAGUGGCGAGCGCAGGGUCCAGGCCCUGUCCGAGGUCCGGUGUGUCCGCAGCAUCCGCCGCGUUGCUGCGUGCGUUGAGGCGUCCGGGCCACCUCAGGUUGGCAUGGCACACCCUGCAGCGCAGCUGGCGCAGAUCAUCGACGCCGCAGCUGAUUGGGAUGGAGUGGUGGCAGAUCUGAAAGCUCUGGGGAUUCAGAUCCACAGCUGCUGUGUUGUGAGUCGGCAGUUUCGGCAACUCGCCCGCCUCAUCAGUGCCGAGCCGGCCCACCACCUGCAUCGUGAAUUGGGGCUUUGCCUGCAGCGCAGGCUCGGCUGGUCCCCUCAGGGGCGGGGUCGAUCUGCUGACCUGACGUUGCACCUGCACAUCGAAGGGCCAAGGCUGCUGCUAGAGGUUCCCAUCCUUCAGCAGCAGAAGGCGAAGCUCGGUGGAUUCUUCCCGCACCAGGGAAUGCACCAUGUGGAAGCCUGGGCGAUCGCUCGAAGCCUGGACCUGGAACCGGGCGAAACGGUUCUGGACCCCAUGUGCGGCAAGGGCACGAUCCUCGCGGAGGCUGCCGUGUGGUGGCCGAAUGCAACCUUUGUGGGCUGUGAUGUGGACCCUGGUCAGCUCGAACACUGCCGGCGCAACUUUGACUGGCUGAAGCAGACGGCCGUCCUACAUCAGAGCAAUGCGACAGCGCAUGGAGGCAUACCACGGAGCAAUGCUUCCGUCGACAAAGUGGUAGUAGCCCCACCCUGGAACCGCCAGUUUGGUAUCCGUGGCAGCCUGGUGUCUUUUUACCAGGGGAUGCUGCUGGAGAUUUUUCGCGUGGUUCGCCCUGGUGGGAGAGUGGUCCUUUUUGCCAGCCGCAAGGUUCUACCCAAGUUGAAGGCUGCUUUAAGCCUUUGCUUGGAGCAGGUGCAUGGCGCAUGGCGCAUCACGGCAGAGCGUGGCUUUGCUUUGACACGGGCGACCACAGGCGUCAUCCUCGUGCUGCAUGAAAGCCCACAUGCCGGGGCCAUGCCUGCCAGCGCCAGCAUUCUGAGCUGGGAAGGUGAAGCUCCACAAGGGGGCCGUGAGCUGUACGAGCACUGGCGCAGGCUCCGGGCGCAAAGCUUUCCGAGGCUGGAGGCUCCUCUGAGAGAGGCUCCUCUGAGAGGUGGUGCAAAGGAAGGCAGGAGCCCGGCCCUGCGAUUCUUGCGACCCGUGUUGGCCUGCCUUGUCGCAUGCAUCGCCCUGGGCCUUCGCUUCCGUGCGUGA